UUUUCGCGCAUGCGCGCAGCAGCGACAAGCUAAACGAAUCAAAGUCGGCGGAGCGUUUAACCGUUGUCUUACCUUGUAUGGCGAGGAAAUAUCUACUUUCAUCUGACGAUACGCCACAGCUAAGACGUAUCGUUGUGUCCGCUUUGGUACAAAACACGUUUGUCCAAUUAAAUUGCGUGACAUCGGUCAACGGAAAGCAGCGAGAGACGAGCAAGUCGCCUUUUCUCACACCCCGGAAUUGCUGCUGCCCUCCGUCGCCGGCGAACGAUUGCUAACUAGCAGUGGCGUCUCCCAGCGCCGAUCGCCAGAUAACGGAAAUACUGCAGCUCCUUGUGUCUUGUUGACAUUUGGGGGAGCUAGCGUCAUGGCGUGUGGAGCUACUCUGAAAAGGACUCUGGAUUUUGACCCGUUAUUGAACCAGGCUUCCCCCAAGAGGAGGAGGUGCGCCCCGGUCCGGUCUCCCGUGUCGUCGCCGCAGAAGUACCUCCGCCUGGAGCCUUCGCCGUUUGGACAAGUGUCGUCCAGGCUCACAACAGAGCAAAUCCUGCACAACAUCAAACAGGAAUACAAACGGCUCAAACGACGAAACCUGGACACUUGUUUCCAGCAUUUAGACGGCUUCCCUCCUCUGGAGCUUCACAAUAUUCCCAGUGGAUCUUCCCUAUCAGGUUCGUGCUCAGGCGCUUCCUCUCCCACCAGGAAGGAGCCGCCGUUAUUUUCCCUGCGACAGGUCGGGAUGAUCUGUGAAAGACUACUGAAGGAGCGCGAGGAGAAAAUCCAGGAGGAGUACGAAGAGAUUCUCACAACAAAAUUAGCAGAGCAAUACGAUGCCUUUGUCAAGUUCACACAUGAUCAGCUCAUGCGGAGGUUUGGAGAGCAGCCCGCGAGUUAUGUUUCUUGAAUGGAUGUGGAGAGUAAUACUAUGCGCUGGAACCUCUGUGGCGUACUUGGACUUUCUCCUAGCUGUGCCAUGUCGCCUCCCAGUGGACUAGAUGGACUAGUCUUCAGCUUUCACGUUUUUUGCUGUUGCUGCUGCAGUUUGGAGGACUCCCUGCUGUUGAAGUGUCCCAGGACCUUCUGUGAAUGAAUUCAACCAGUGGCCUCACAACAUUUAUUUGGCUUUUUUCUUCGGAUGCCUUCACAUAUACGAGG